AUGUUAGGUGUUGUCUUGUCAAGAAGUAGACUAGAAAGCAAGAAUGCAGAUCUGAGAUCAAGAGAAAGUUGGCUCUCCCCAAAAGAACUGCUUGACCUGUCUAACAGAGGAGAUAUUUUUCUAAAGCCACCUCAGUGGUAUGAGAUAAACUCUCUACAAAGUAUAGAAACCUUCGAUGGUCUAAAUCGACUGAUCGGUCACAAAAGUAGUAACUGCCAUUUAUGGAUGCCAGUAAGGAUACAUGCAAGUGAUGGAGAAAUUUCUUUGCUUCCAGGAGAUGAUAUGUAUCCUGAUGAUGUUGACCCGUUCUUCCCCACUCCAAUAUUAAGGAAGGGACAGACAAUAUCUUCAUUGAGGUGUAAGAAGAUGCACAGAAUGGAACACUUUGGUCCAAGGAUUGAGAUCUUAGACACUAGGUCAGACUCUGGAUCUGUCUGAUUUCAUAAAUUCUUUACUUUAUUCUGAGUCUAAAAGCUGUUCUUUCAGCUUCUUGGCCGUUGUAUGAUGGAACGCCAUUACUUCAGGUUUUGGAUGCGCCAGUACUAACAACAUAUCUGUGAUUACUACAUAUUUGUAAAUUGAAAAGGUGAAAAUAUCAUGUGGUUAAGGGUGCGCUCUACCUCAGCUCAGAUUUCUAAGUACGGUUGCUUAACCUGAUGUUCCUAUACUUUGCACUAAAGAGCGCUUGCAAGCGUUUUGAAUCUGGGGGAUUACAUCGUUAUCCUUAAAAAUUUUAGUAAACUAAUAAUUGCAGAUUCUUGUUUUUAAGAAUCUAUUGCACUUCCCCCGUCUGUUAUUUUAUUCUCUAAAAAUUAUUUGUAUGUGUUAAAACUCAUGAUAAAAACGUGUAUUUUAACAUUUUUACCAACCUUUUAGCCCAACAUAAAAAUAAAAUCUAAAUUAAAAAAAGCGCAGGACCUACAAUAAUAUUUAACAAAAAAUAUGACACCAAGAUCUUUUAAAUUGGGACUACAAACAGUAAGAACCAAAACCCUUGCACUUGCGUGCCAGACGGGUUGAGCGCAGCCUUAACUCUGUCAACUGUUUAAUGAUUUAGGCUUGAAAUACAAAUAGAUGACAUAGGUGUAUUUUUCAAUUCAAAUUAGGAACACAAUUCCUAGAAUGUUCUAAAAAAUAUUUACUAAUUUCUAGUAUCCUUAUAAUAGACCUUAAAAAAUAGCCGUUGUCUUGUUUUAUUUCUAAUAAUCUUUUUAAGCCAAUGAUUUAUAAUGCUUCUCAAUACUUCAGAUUACAGAUGCAGAUAGAUAGAUUUCUCGGACUUUGAUUUUCACAGAUAGGUAGUGGAUAUAUUUUAGUACCAUGUUAUUUUUAUGUUUUAAAAACUUUGUACACACUUUACUUACAAAUAAGUUGUUUGUUUUUUUAAGUAAUGUAUAGUAAAAUUGUGUGAAUAAUUAAAUUUUAAUUUGUUCAUUUUGCAAUGUUUUGCUUGUCCUAGGCCACGUUUAAUCCUGUUAGGUUACGAUAGUGGCCAUUAACACAUGACAGACUUUUAAAGAUUACUUUAAUUGACACUAUUCAAUGUACCAAUUGACACUAUUCAAUGUACCAAGCAUGUACAGAUGACGAAUAAAGAUAUUUUUAUUUGAUUUGAUUAAGUUUGUUUAAAAAAUUCUAAGGUGAAUAUUUCCAAAUGUUAAGCUUUGUUUAUAAAAGGAACUCAUGUAACUGCAAAUAAAGGCUCCAGGUUUUAAGUUGUUGCCGUCUCCUAGUCAAAAAUUUGUUCGUUUUAGAAAAUUUUAAAAUAAAAUAAAGCAAAACAGUUUUUUUUUUCAUUAUUCAGCAUUAUAGAACCAGAACUCUGCCUUGCGACAGUAAUAUGGUAAAGUAAAAUAGUGUGGGAAUAUGCUUGUGUGUAAUAUUUUUUAAACCACAGUAUACAAAUUUUAUAACAUUUAAACUUGGACAGUUACAACUAA